AUGGAGACUUAUAAAGUAUUAAUUAUAUUUUUCAUCGCAAUUUUUACGCCGACGUCUUCAAAUUCAAAUGUAUUCGGCGGCCACUGUUCAAAACAGGACGAGGAUGUCGACGCGUGCUUAUUAAAAAGUUUCAACAACCUUAUAGAUCAUCUUAAGACUGGGGCGCCUGAACUAGAUAUUGAACAGUCGGAUUCAAUACUAAUAGACGAAUUGUCCAUCGCUCUCGGCGGCGGUCCCGACGGGUACAAAGCAACGUUCAAAGACAUCAACGCGAGCGGCGUUAAUGACGUCACUAUCACUAAUGUCAGGUCGGACCUGGAUACGUACCAGUUCCAGGUGACGUUGGCGAUACCGCACAUCAGUACGACAGCGCGCUACCGGUCUUCGGGCAUACUCUUGCUGGUGCGAGCUUCUGGAGGCGGCGACUACUGGGGAGAAUAUGACAACGUGAAAGCGAAGGUGUACUUCCGCGGCGAGCCCUACGAGCGUAAGGGCAAGACAUACCUCAAGCUGAAACAAUUAAAGCUCGACUUCUCCGUCAAGGACAUCAAGAUGGGCGUCGAGAACUUGCAGAACAGCAAUUCUGUACUACAAGCAGCCUUGAACCUCUUCAUCAACACAAAUGCUCAAGAGUUGCUGAAGGAAAUGAAACCACAAUUAAAAAAAGACCUCGCCGAGAAGAUGUCUAGAUUCCUGGACAGGAUCCUGGAAAGAAUACCCUAUGACGACUUGAUCGAAGAUGAUAAUAAAUAAUAAGAAAUAUAUCUAAUUUAAAACUAAUAAACUUUUACAUAAUUAUUGUACAAACUAUAUAUUCGCUUACAUAACUGUAUCAUGUGAGAUUGUGGUA